CCCCAGAAUAAAUCGAGCCAAUCCGCCCGCCAAUUCCAUCAGUUAAAGGGUUGGAACCGCGGUAUAAGCCGGAGAGAACCAGUUGUCGAAUUGUUGAACAUUGCUAGCCGUGGAAGUAGUUGCACAAUGUCUGGAGAUACUAAAUGGCUUCCUCUUGAGUCUAACCCUGAGGUGAUGACCAAGUUCCUCCGGAACCUUGGCCUGCCGAAGGACUGGUCGAUCGUUGACGUGCUGGGUUUGGACUACGAAUUGCUCCUCACCGUUCCGAAGCCCGUGGCUGCCAUAUUGCUUCUAUUUCCAAUCAGCAAGCGCCAUGAAGACUUCGUGUCAGAGAAAGCAGCAGAAAUCAAAGAGAAGGGUCAGGUGGUCAGCGACAAGGUUUACUUUAUGCAGCAGACUGUGAAGAAUGCAUGUGGCACUGUGGCUCUGGUGCAUGCCCUGGCAAAUAGUCUUGACCUCAUUAAGCUAGCCGAUUCCCCAUUGAGGACUUUCCUCGAUGCCACUGCUGGGAUGAGCCCGGAAGAGAGGGCGAAGUAUUUGGAAGAGUGUCAGGCUUUCUCUGUGGCACAUGAAGAAUGUGCUCAGGAGGGACAAACUGAGGCCCCAAGCGCAGACGAGAAUGUCAACCUUCACUUCAUCUGCCUGGCCAAUGUGGAUGGUCACAUAUAUGACCUAGAUGGACGGAAGCCAUUCCCUCUUAACAUGGGACCAACUUCAGAUGAAAACUUCCUCGUGGAUGCCAGCAAUGUGUGCAAGGAGUACAUCGCGCGGGAUCCGGACAACCUACAGUUCACGGUGCUUGCGCUGGCCGCUGCCAAUGAGUAAGAUCUCAUCCGACGACGUUUUUGCUAGCAGGUAAGAGCCUGCGGAUU